GGAGGGGCAGGGAAGGAGGGAAGGAGGCAUCGCGACAUUUUUCCUCUCCGCGUCGCUCCGCUCGCAGCCAGGCAGUGCGCAGGGGCUGGGCAGGCCGGCUCGGCACGCCUCCCGGCCUUCGCUAUUUAUAAUCCCCAUCGCCUCCUCCGGCCGCUCUUCUGCGCGAGGAGAGACCGGAGAGAACGGCUCCCGGAAAGGAGAGCGAGCGCGAAGCUCCGCCGAACGGGGAUGCUGAGGGCGAUGCCCCGCUGAGCAUCGUUUCUCCGGGAUCGGAGUGGGAAAAGCAUCGCGAUGCCGAGGAACAGGGAUUUCUCGGAGCCCGAGUACUCGGCCGAGUACUCCGCCGACUACUCGGUGAGCCUGCCGUCGGACCCCGAGCACGCCGUGGGCCGGACCCACGAGGUGACGGUGCGCAGCUCGGGGCCGUGCCUCUGCCUGCCCCGCUUCAUGCGCCUCACCUUCGCACCCGAGUCCCUGGAGAACCUCUACCAGACCUACUUCCGUCGGCAACGCCACGAGACCCUCCUGGUGCUGGUGGUCUUCGCAGCCCUCUUCGAUUGCUACGUCCUCCUCAUGUGUACCACGGUCUACGCCGCCGACAAGUUGGCCCCGGCGUUGGCAGCGGGGACCGGCUUGGCCGCCCACGUGUUGCUUUUUGCCCUCUGCAAAUACAGGCUGCUACCCGAGCGCGCCGCCCGUCGCUUCCUGCCCUACGUCCUCUGGGUCCUCAUCUUGGCCCAGAUCUUCUGUUACUUGGGCCUCAACUUCUCGCGUUCGCCCGAGGCCAGCGACACGGUGGGCUGGCAGGCCUUCUUCGUCUUCUCCUUCUUCAUCACGUUGCCGCUGCGCCUGGCGCCCAUCGUGCUCAUCACCGCCGUGUCCUGCGGCGUCCACACGCUGGUGCUUGGCGUCACCGUCGCCCAACAGAGGCAGGAUGCCCUGGAUGAGGGCACGCUGCUGAGACAGAUCCUGUCCAACAUUGCCAUCUACCUUUGUGCCAUCACGGUGGGCACCAUGUCCUACUACAUGGCUGACCGCAAGCACCGCAAGGCCUUCCUGGAAGCGCGGCAGUCCCUUGAGGUCAAGCUCAACCUGGAGGAGCAGAGCCAGCAGCAGGAGCGGCUGAUGCUCUCCAUCCUGCCCAAGCACGUGGCAGAUGAGAUGCUGAAGGAUAUGAAGAAGGACCCGAGCCAGAAGGAGAUGCAGCAGUUCAACACCAUGUACAUGUACCGCCACGAGAAUGUCAGCAUCCUCUUUGCAGACAUCGUGGGCUUCACGCAGCUCUCCUCAUCCUGCAGCGCCCAGGAGCUGGUGAAGCUCCUCAACGAGCUCUUCGCCCGCUUCGACAAGCUGGCAGCUAAAUACCACCAACUGCGCAUCAAGAUCCUGGGUGACUGCUAUUACUGCAUCUGUGGGCUGCCCGACUACCGGGAGGACCAUGCUGUCUGCUCCAUCAUGAUGGGGCUUGCCAUGGUGGAGGCCAUUUCUUACGUGCGGGAAAAGACCAAGACAGCGGUGGACAUGCGUGUGGGAGUGCACAGCGGGACGGUGCUGGGCGGUGUGCUGGGCCAGAAGCGUUGGCAGUACGACGUGUGGUCCACCGACGUCACCGUGGCCAACAAGAUGGAGGCAGGUGGCAUCCCUGGGCGUGUGCACAUCUCACAGAGCACCAUGGACUGCUUGAAGGGCGAGUUCGAGGUGGAGCCAGGUGAGGGUGGCUCUCGCUGCGAGUACCUGAAGGAGAAGGGCAUUGUCACCUACCUCAUCGUGGUGCCCAAGCAGCCUCUACGCAAUGGCAUCAAUGGCGUGAAGCUGUCACUGACCUCAUCCCAUGGAGGCUCCCCGCUGCUCAUCAACACCAAGGAGCGCAAUGGCAGUGCCAUCUUGGCGUGCACCAGCCCUGAGGAGUCUGAUGAGUCUGAUGCCAGGGUGAGGGGCACCCUGGAGAACGGGGAGGAGGAUGGAGAGGCUGUGAACCCAUCCUUCCCCAACCCACGGCGCCGGCUGCGGCUACGGGACUUGGCUGAGCGGGUAAUCGAUGCGUCACAGAAUGAGCAGGAGCUCAACAAGCUGCUCAACGAGGCCCUGCUGGAGCGCGAGUCUGUCCAGGCGCUGAAGGGGAAGAGCACCUUCCGGCUCUCCAUGCGCUUCAUUGACCCUGAGAUGGAGACGCGCUACUCAGUGGAGAAGGAGAAGCAGAGCGGUGCUGCUUUCAGCUGCUCCUGUGUUGUCCUUUUCUUCACUGCCUUGGUGGAGGUCUUCAUCGACCCUUGGUUGGUGGCCAACUACGUGACCUUCGUGGUGGGGGAGAUCCUGCUGCUCAUCCUUACCCUCUGCUCACUGGCUGCCAUCUUUCCCCGGGUCUUCCCCAAAAAGCUCGUGGCCUUCUCCACCUGGAUUGACAGGACUCGCUGGGCACGCAACACCUGGGCCAUGGCUGCCAUCAUCAUUGUCACCACGGCUGAUAUUGUGGACAUGCUCAGCUGUCAGCAGGACUACAGCGGGACAGUCAAUGGGACGGUGGUGCCACCACGGCCAGGCGGCUGUUGGGAGCAGCCCAAGUACUACAGCUACAUCGCCGUGCUGGCCCUGGUGGCCACCAUCAUGCUGGUGCAGGUCAGCCACAUGGUCAAGCUGACUCUCAUGGUGCUGAUCACUGGGGCAGCCGGCACUGUCAACAUCUACGCCUGGGAGCACAUCUUCGACCAGUACGACCGCCGCCGCAGCCAGCAGAGCAUGUCCUCACUCGUCCCUUCCAAGUAUUCCAUGACAGCCAUGAUCUUCAUCGUGAUGCUCAGCUUUUACUACUUCUCUCGCCACGUGGAAAAGCUGGCCAGGACGCUCUUCCUCUGGAAGAUCGAUGUCCACGACCAGAAGGAGCGGGUCUAUGAGAUGCGGCGCUGGAACGAGGCCCUUGUCACCAACAUGCUGCCCGAGCAUGUGGCCCGGCACUUCUUGGGCUCCAAGAAGCGGGACGAGGAGCUGUACAGCCAGUCCUACGAUGAGAUUGGCGUCAUGUUUGCUUCUCUCCCCAACUUCGCCGACUUCUACACAGAGGAGAGUAUCAACAACGGGGGCAUCGAGUGCCUGCGGUUCCUCAAUGAGAUCAUCUCUGACUUCGAUGCACUCCUGGAUGAACCCCAAUUCCGGUGUAUCACCAAAAUCAAAACCAUCGGCAGCACCUACAUGGCUGCGUCUGGAGUGACUCCUGAUGCCAACGCCAACGGCUACAGCACCAAGAAGGAGACUCUCUCGGAUAAGGAGCGCUGGCAGCAUUUGGCUGACCUUGCUGACUUUGCCUUGGCCAUGAAGGUGACACUGAUGAACAUCAACUACCAGUCCUUCAACAACUUCAUGCUGCGCAUAGGCAUGAACAAGGGAGCUGUGCUAGCAGGAGUCAUUGGUGCCCGCAAGCCACACUAUGACAUCUGGGGCAACACAGUGAACGUGGCCAGCAGGAUGGAGUCCACUGGUGUGAUGGGGAACAUACAGGUGGGACAGCACGACCUGGGCAACCAAGGGGACAAACUGAGAAUUAUUCAGAAGUGUUUACAGCCCUUGAAGUGCACUGUGCUUUGCACGGGAAGGGAAAGCAUUGCCAGCAGUAUUCAGCAGGGCUGGGACUGGUUGACGGCUCCUCCAAGCUGGGAAUGGGACAAGGCGUUGCUAAAAGUAGGGCACCUCAAGACAAUGGGCAGCUUGGUGGGUGGGUAAACCUGUUGCCCAAGCAGCACACGGGGGUCCGUGCUCCCUAUGCUGUGUGCUGGGCAGGGUCUCCCCAGCCUCCCACUAUGUCCAUUUGU